GCGGGUGUAGUUGUAGCGGGAAAAAGCCCGACACGAGCCCGACUCCCUCGUGAAGUUAAACUCUCUCCGUUUUUGAGUAAACUCAAAAGCUUCCCACUACAACUAUGUGCAUGCCAGCCUCUGCUCGGCGACCUUAUUUCCUCUCAUCUGCCUCUGUUCUCUGCCAAACUCCUGCUGUGUUUCCCCACCUUCUGCCCAUGCGCGCCCUUCUCAGUUGUCACAAGCAGCUGCGGCGCUGAUUCGCAGCACCCUGCCUUUUCAGGCCGAUGCUCUGCCUGCCUUUUCACACCGAUGCUCUGCCUGCCUUUUCAGGCCGAUGCUCUGCCUGCCUUUUCACACCGAUGCUCUGUCUGCCUUUUCAGGCAGAUGCUCUGCCUGCCUUUUCACACCGAUGCUCUGCCUGCCUUUUCACACCGAUGCUCUGCCUGCCUUUUCACACCGAUGCUCUGCCUGCCUUUUCACACCGAUGCUCUGCCUGCCUUUUCACACCGAUGCUCUGCCUGCCUUUUCAAGUUUUGAGACGCCUCAAAACGAUGUUCUGCCUGUCUUUUCAAGCUCACUUCUGCAGGAGCCCUGAUGCACGGCGUGUGCCUUCAGACCACCAUUUCGUUUCACAACAUGAUGCGCCCGGCGGAGGAGGUCAUAUCUCUCUCCCUGAUUCCUCUUGAACCCCGCUCCUAACCCCUCUCAACCCCCCAAGCAAGCAGCAGCGCUGUGCACACAGCCAGUGCCAUGCCAUCCGACCAGCAUGUCCCUUUUCUAACAUGAUGGGGCCGUGGAGGAGGUCCCAACCCCCUCCCCUGCCACCUCUCUUGAUCUUGCCUCCGCUUCCAGGCAGCGGGAGCGCUGAUGCACCGCCUGUUCCAGCAGACCACCAUUUCGUUUCCAACAUGAUGGGGCCUGUGGAGGAGGUCAGCUUGGGCGGCCAUGCCAUCGCCCGCAUCAGCCCCACCGUUGUGGGGCAGCCGCAUGCGCUCACUCUGCAUUUCCAGACGUACAACGGCUCGGCGCACAUAGUGCUGUCAGCUCUGAAGGAGAAUGUGCCCGAUCCAGCCUUUCUCCUUCGCUGCUGUGAAGACGCCUUCCAUGCUCUCAAGGCAUCGUUGAAGUAGUGUGGGAGUGGGAGAGGGGUCACAUGAGAAUGGGAAAGAAUCUUCCACUUCUUACUCACCCCGUUGCUGAGUGAACUUGUGUCAUACGGCAUGCAGAAGACAUUUGUUAUGGACCAGGCCCCUAGAUAUCAGACUUUUAACGCUGAUUCAGCCUUUUUUCAGGGUUUUGGGAUAGGGUAAUGCUGAUUGGCUGGCCUUUUUUCAGAGGUGGAUGCUGAUUGAAAAGUUAUUUUUGUCAUACUUAUCUUAGUAUGUUGCAGUAGACUAUACAGGUUUGUGCCUUAGAGGGUUCAACUCACUAGCUUAUAUUACCUUGUACCCUCCUAUUCU